AGUUGGCAGCACUACUCCUACAUUAUUUGUAAAAAUGUCGGCACGUUUAUUUUCGACCUGCCGUUUAUUUUCAACAAACUUGACUAAAAAUGCUGUGAACAAGAAUGCAGUGGGUGGCAAGAGCCUUGUGGAUAGCAUUGCAGUGACCAAAAAUGGUAAAACUAUUGUUGCCUGGCAUCCAGACACUCCGUUUCCAUACGAGCAUACAAAGCCGCUGCCACAGUUCGUUGAGAAGCAAUCUUCAGAUGUUAUAAAAGAGACGGCACUUCAGUCGGCUAUGAGUGCAUUUAAAAACAAGCAUCCAGAGGUAGCGCGCCAGGAGCUAAUGAAGUUAACGCACACCACAAAGCAUCGUUGGUUCCCACGAGCUCGCGACAAGAAGGCCAAAAAGACGCCAAUGGACCGGCCGUACUUGUAAAUAAUGGAUUACAUAAGUGCUCUUUUAUAGGCAAUAAAUUAAUGUUUACAUAUUAAACAAA